GGGAAAUAAUCCCUGUCUCUGCACUGGUGCUACUGUGAAACUUUAUGCCAGCACCAGGGUCACAAGUCUUGCAGAAAGACCUGUAACUAAGUGGACCCUACUGACCUCUGAACCACAAACUAUAAGAGUGAAAAGAAGUGGGAGAAGCACACAAAGAAAAAGGAAGUGAAUGCACUUUCAUCUGGACUUCUUUCCUGCCCUUUAUUACUGAAGCUGAAUGGAAAAGAAAGACUGCUGUGCCUUUCCUCCCCCAACCUCAGGGAUGGGUGGAUUAUAAAUACUGUGUGUGUGGCUGGGAGAACAGACUGAACCAUGAAUCUUCAGGCUCAGCAAAAGUCUUCAAGCAAACGGGCUGGGAAACGAGUUGCCUAUUUUAACGAGCAGGACAUAGCAGUGCCGUCAAAGGAGCCACAGCAGCAGCUUAAGGAGGGACAGUACUAUGGUCACGGAGGGAAUAUACCAGUCUCUCAAACUAUGGAGAUUUCUCAUCCAGGAGGAUUAACAAAUGCACCCAACAACGUUGCUUUGAUGAACUCUGUUUACAAUCAAGAUAGGGGAGAGUCAGUGAUGAUGCCCCAGUCAGUAACAGCUGUCAAAUGGCAGAAUUCACUAAUGGGAAACCGGUUACCAGAAAGGGGUGACAGCCACUGGCAGUCUCCACCUUCAAUGUGGAACCACAGUAUGGUUUUUGGGGGCAACCCAAAAGGACCCCACUCCAAUGCUGGUGCCCCAGGCUUCUAUGGCCACCCAGAAGCUCUUAAAAGAAAUCAAGAGAAAGGAGUGUUUGUGUCACAGCUGGAUUUGUAUGGAGAUGCUGUCCAGCAGAUGAUGUCCCAAAAGGCUCAGCUGGAACAGCAAGCCCUGGUUAGACAGCAAGCUCAAAUGAAUUCUUUUCAUCAAAUGCAGAAACAGCAGCAGCAGAAUCAAACUCUGCCAUUGCAGCCUUUCCAACUUGCAUUUGGUCACCAAGGCCAAAAGCAGGGUCUUCCUGAGCUGUUACAUGUCUUUCAAGAAGCCCCAACUUCUUCCAGUCCAGCAUUUACUGCACAACAAAAACAGCAAGCUCUUCCCCAGCUACAACUCUUUGAAAAUUUUUAUCCUCAGCAGCAGCAGCAACAGGCUGCCACACAAGCCUUUGGUCUGCAGCAAACGACUUCUAUAGCACAGCCUCAUGUGGCAGCUGCAGCACCUCAGCAUCACAUGAUGCCACACCAAUUUCAGCAAGCAGAGAGGAACCAGGAGCUAUUCAAGGCAUUAACAGAGCAGAACCAACAGACUGUGCUACCUCAGACGCAGAUUCCCUUUCCAAGAAGGUCACGGAGACUCUCCAAAGAAGGUGGCCUGCUGACAUCUGCAGGAGAAGUGUUGACUUCUAAGCAGGCAGAAGAACAACCUAGCAAUUUAUUUCUGCACCACUGGCAAACACAUCAGCAAGAGGUCCCGAUACAGCAAACACCUGAGUCGCUGGGCCACAGUAAAAGUAGCUAUUUGCACCCCAAAAGAUUGGAUCUGGGGCAGAAGGAUGUCCUGGUGAAUAGUGAGCAGUGCCAGAUGGAAACAGACAGGCAAGCUGCAGCCCAGAAUGGUAGAGAUGAGGAGAAGCAGGCAGCAGCACCUGAAGAAAACAGUCAGAGAACUAAUGAUUUUCAGAGUGUCAGAGGUGGUGUAAUCCAGAGUACCCGACGGAGGCGACGUGUUUCUCAAGAAGCCAAUUUGCUGACUUUGGCCCAAAAAGCUGUUGAGCUGGCUUCUCUUCAGAAUGUAAAGGAGCUGGAUAAUUCAGAGGAGAAGAAGAGUGUGCUAGUAACAGCUCCAGGACCUACUGGAGCUUCAAAGAGUGUUGUGGAAUUCGCCAGUUCUUCACCAGCUCCCAAAAAAGCCCGGGAGGAUAACAGCCUUGUGCCUCUUAUCAUUCCUGUGUCUGUGCCAGUGAGAAAAAUUGACUUGCAGAGCCUUGAAAAGGAAAAGUCUGAGGAUGGAAAGCUCCAGAAAGGCCAAACAAACGAUCGAGCUCCUUGUGAACGGAAGCCUUCUGUGAUAGUCACUCGGAGGCGGUCUAAUCGUAAUACUAACAUGGAGACCUCAAGUCAGCAUGAAGAUGCUGUUCCAAAGGAUGAAGCAGAGGGCUUUGCCCGAAAACCAAAGCAGCGGCCAAGACCCGAGCCCCUGUUCAUACCACCUAAAGCUGGCACCUUUAUUGCGCCACCUGUUUAUUCCAACAUUACUCCAUAUCAGAGCCACUUACGGUCACCUGUCCGUCUGGCAGACCAUCCUUCAGAUAGGAACUUUGAGCUACCUCCUUACACUCCUCCCCCAAUCCUUAGUCCAGUGAGAGAAGGAUCUGGGCUGUAUUUUAACGCUAUCCUCUCUUCAAGCGGUCAUUCGGUUGCACCUCCAGUGACGCCCAAAAGUGGUCACAGAACUCUGCUUAGAUCAAAUAGUUCAGAAGUUACCCCUCCGAUUCUUACAGUAGUGGGGGAAGCCACCCCGGUCAGCAUUGAACCGCGAAUAAAUGUAGGAACUCGCUUUCAAGCAGAAAUCCCAUCACUCCAAGACAGAUCUCUGGCAGAAACUGAUGAACAUAAAGCAGAGCUGGUGUGGCAGCCAUGGGGUGACUUGGAAACCAACAAAGUUACCCAAGAGAAUGUGGAAAAACUGCUAGCUGCUGCCUGUUCAAGCAUUUUUCCUGGGGGUGGAACCAACCAGGAGCUGGCAUUGCAUUUCUUACAUGAAGAAAAGGGAAGCAUUCUGGGAGCUCUGACCAAACUGCUGUUGAAGAAGCCAGUGCGACCACCUACCCACCCUUUGGCAGAUUAUCACUACACAGGAUCAGACAAGUGGAAGGUUGCUGAAAAAAAGCUAUUCAACAAAGGCAUUGCAAUCUACAAGAAAGAUUUUUUCUUGGUCCAAAAGCUUAUAAAAACCAAAACAGUGGCUCAAUGUGUAGAAUUCUACUACACAUACAAGAAACAGGUGAAAAUUGGUCGGAAUGGGACCUUAAUCUUUGGGGACAUUGAUGGUGCUAAUGAGAGAUCAAUGAAAGAUGAAGCUGAAGUUGACAUCAAGAGUUCCCAUAGGUUUGCACGUGUUCUUCCUCUCAGAAGGGACAUCUUCAGUGAGGAACAGGGGCAUGUGGAGGAGGAGGAGGAAGAGGAUGAAGAAGAGGAGGCAGAGGAAGGGUUGGAUAACAGAAAGAGGAGCGCCGAUGCUCUGAAAGAUGAACAGACACUACAAGAUGGUGUAAUAGCCAGCAACACCAAUAUGAGGAGUCAUGAGGCAGCUGUCAUGGGCAGAAUUGGGAGGAAGCCAAGGGAGACAACAGUGAAGCCUCGAAAGCCUAUUACUGCUCCAGUGCAGAGGAAGAAGAGGAAACAGAAGACAAAACCAGAUGCUACCAGUAAAACACAAAACACAGAAAACACAUUUCCAUGUAAAAAAUGUGGCAGGGUGUUCUACAAGGUGAAGAGCCGCAGUGCUCACAUGAAGAGCCACGCGGAACAGGAGAAGAAGGCGGCAGCACUGAAGCAGCAGGAGAAGGAGGCGGCAGCGGCGGUGGCAGCCCGCAGCCAGGCCCAGCAGGACGAGAGCAGUGACAGUGGGAGCAGCAGCAGCGGGAGCAGCAGUGCCAGCUCGGAUGAAGAUGGAGAAAUAUAGCAGCAGACCAGAAGUGGAGGGAGUAGCAAGGCUGGACCCAACCUCCCUCUCGCUGGUCUCAUUUGUUUUUUGCUUGCACUUUUCUUACCUGAAGCAUCUGGUUUUGGUUUCAGUGCUGCCAUUUCCUCAUACCACAUGUUCCACUUCACCUUGCCAGUACUGACCAAGCCAGAAUGGUGGAUAACAAGAUU